GUUGUCCUGAUGAAACGCGACAAAUAUUUAGUAGGAAAUUUGGGAAAGAUCAAUCAACGGCGAACAACCCGAGAAAUGAAUUGAAGAUCCCUUCCAGUUCCAGUUGCAGCGAUGUAUCUAUGAAUUGGGCAGGCCUUAGAUUCAAUUAUGAUGAUAAUUAAGUAAUAGGUAUGGUACAAAAGACUGUGUUGAAAGUAGACAUAUCAUGCGAAAAAUGCAAGAAGAAGAUCCUCAAGGCCGUAUCAGGAAUCCCAGGGGUGGAUAAAGUAGAAAUUGAUGGGGCAAAGGGAACUCUGAGCGUGACGGGUGAUGCUGAUCCAUAUGAAAUAAUAGUGAAAACAAGGAAAGCUGGAAAAUUUGGUCAAGUUGUGAGUAUUGGGCCACCUCCUCCUCCCCCUCAAAAACAGGACGUCCAGGAGAAGAAAAAGCCUGAAGCAAAAAAACCCCAAGAAAAGAAAGACCAGGCACAUGACACUCAUACGCCUUUCACCGCCAACCCAAUUUAUGACAGAAUUCCUGUUAUUCCUAUGACCCGCUGGGAAGAGCCAAACCCACACUGCUCCAUCUUGUGAUAGAAACGAAUUUUCAGUUUUCAAAUUAAAAAUAGGCAGAGAUGGCCAUGCCACUAGCUAGUAGCUACCCAUACAUUCCAACUUGUGUUGAUGCUAAAUCUAUAUUCAAAUAACAGAUAAAUUGGUUUCUAUGUU